GCUGGUUCGGAGCUCGUCUCUUCGCCUGCAAUCCGAGGCAGAGCUUGAGCGGGAUGCCGUCGUGAGGAUGCUGAAGCAACACCUUUUGUGGAUUGAGUUUCUUCUGAGAUGGAAACAACAAGAGGAUUAAACAAUACAUUUGAUUUUAAAAUAAGCCAAGCCAUGGACCAUGGUUUGGUGAUGUUCAGAGACGUGGCCAUAGAUGUCUCUCAGGAAGAAUGGGAAUGCCUGAAUCCUUCACAGAGGAAUUUGUACAAAGAUGUGAUGUUGGAAAACUAUAGCAACUUGGUCUCACUUGGGCUUUCUGUUUCUAAGCCACCUGUGAUCUCCUCAUUGGAACAAGGAAAGGAGCCGUGGAUUGAUGUGAGGGCUGUGCCAGAAAGACCGCGCCCAGAUUUGGCAUUCAACAAGGAGCCUAUGAAAUUAUUGCCAGAAAAGAAUGUUUAUGAAACAGAGCCAUCCAAGUGGGUUAUCAUGCAACAAAUUAAAAGCCACAACCCUGAGACAUCUAUUCUUAAAGAUAUUUGGGAAUGCAGAUGUCAUUUUGUACAACAGGGACAACAAGGCUAUUUCAGUCAUUUUCCGGACAACCAUGAAAACAUACCUAUUUUUAGACAACAUAGUUUACUCACUGAAGAAUUUUACAAUAAAGAAGAAAUCUCUGAGUGUAAAAAGCAUACGAAGAACUUCAGUUGCCCUUUAUUCUUUGGUAACGAUAAAGGAAAUCAUUGUAAAGAAGAAUUUUCUACAUGCCAGGAAUGCAUGGGAAUUAUUAAUAAAUCAUUCCUUACAAGUCAACAAAGGAUUCAAAAUGGUGACAAAAGCAAUGACUGUAGAGAAUGUUGGAAGGCCUUUAUUCAGUGUUCACAACUUAAACAACAUCUGAAAGUUCAUAAUGGUGAAAAACGCUAUGAAUGUAAAGAAUGUGGAAAGGCCUUUAAUUAUAGUUCAGAACUUAUUCUACACCAGAGAAUUCACACUGGUGAGAAACCGUAUGAGUGUAAGGAAUGUGGGAAAGCUUUUCGACAAAGAUCACAACUUACUCAACAUCAGAGACUCCAUACUGGUGAAAAACCCUAUGAAUGUAAGCAUUGUGGGAAAGCUUUUAUUCGUGGCUUUCAACUUACUGAACAUUUGCGACUCCAUUCUGGUGAGAAACCCUUUGAAUGUAAAGAAUGUGGAAAGACUUUCAGGCAUCGCUCAUACCUCACCAUUCAUCAGAGAAUUCAUACUGGUGAGAAACCCUAUGAAUGUAGGGAAUGUGGAAAGACCUUUAGUUAUCACUCAAGCUUUUCUCACCAUCAAAAAAUUCAUUCUGGCAAGAAACCUUUUGAAUGUAAUGAAUGUGGAAAGGCCUUUUGUGAUGGCUUACAACUUACCCUACAUCGGAGGAUUCAUACCGGAGAGAAGCCAUAUGAGUGUAAGGAAUGUGGGAAGACUUUUAGACAAUGCUCACACCUCCGAAGACAUCAGAGAACUCAUACAGAAACCUGUGAAGUACAGCAGAAAUGAAAACAGUUCUCUCCCACAAGUCCUCGAAGGCAUCACAGGCACAUAAAUUGGUUACAGCUGCAAAGAUGAAGAGUAUGAAUGGUGUUACUAUCACAGACUUACCAAGGUGGUGUCGCUCCCAGUGGUUCUGAAUGUGCCACCUUCCAGCAGGAGUAACCAGAGCUUCCGUGGACAGUGAUUUUUGAGAAUACCAGUUAGUCACAUAUUGUCAGUUGAGUUGAACAGAUUGGACCUGUUCUGUUUUUAAGUUUUCUUUAGGAGCAGACAGCUAUUCUGUGAAUGGGUUUGCCUUUUCUGCUCACAAGUUCUCAGCAAGCACCAUACUUCUGGGUACUUACAGGAUGCAAAUAACAAGUAUAUGAUAUCUUACAGGACAUAGCAUUUUACUUGGCAGCAAAAAAUAAAAACAAAAAAACAAGUGCAGAAAUUGGCCAGUGACAAUGAGAUGAACGGAUGUUAGCACAUGAGAUUUCCUAUGUAAAGGACUGGAAUAGCCUUCUGAAAGUACAGCCAGCGUGAACCCUCAAAGAACAUAUUUAGGAGGAAGGAGUACUAUCCUCUAGAAUGCAGUAUGUACACACUUAGAGGUCUUCUUAUACCACUAUGUUGCAUUAAGAAUGCUGUUUGAGAAUCAAGAGGUAAAGGCAAAUUAACAAGGUGAAUGUCACAGUACAAGUUUUGCUGUCAUCUGCAAAGACAGCAUCUCACACAGCACUGGUUCAAGUCCCAGCUGCUUCACUUCCGAUUCAUCUCCCUGCUAAGGCAUCCCGGAAAUUAGCAGAUGGCUGCCACACAUGUGGGAAGCCUACAUGGAAAUUCCAGGCUCCUGAAAGCCUAGCCCAUGUAUGGAGUGAACUAGCAGAUGGAAGAUCUUUCUGCCCCUUUCUCCCUCUGUAACUCUUCCUUUUGAAUAAACAAUCUUUUAAAAAAGCAAGUUAACUCCAGUAUCUGGCAUGAAUGUGCUCUCCAAGCCAGUUGUGAAGCCCUACGCUGCAGUGGGUGCUGACCAUUUGGAAGAUACAAAGAUGAGUGAAGUGUAAUGUGUUACUGGUGUUGAGGUUGAGGUAAAUUGAGGAACAAGUAAGUACUCCAUGUGAUCAUGGCUAAUAGGUAUCAUUGGGGGUAAGAGAGGAGGAGCUACUGCACAUAUAAUUCAGAAGUGAAUCCAAAGACAUUUUCAAAGGGGCAUAAAUCAGGAGGUCUUGCUGAUAAUGGAGAUUAAAACAAACCUAGAGUUUUUAUUUAUCUUUUAAAAGUUUACAAGCAUUACAAUUUACUGUAUAUGUAUACUUCUAGUUUUACACAUGCAUAGAUUCUUGUAUCUAUGACCACAAGCAGGAUACAAAAUGAUUUCAAUACCUCAAAGAAUUUCCUCAUGCACCCUGUGUAAUCAGAGCUCCCCACCCUUCCAAACAC